AUGUCUGAUUCAGAGGACGAAGUACUUCAUGAGAUUGUUGCUGAACUAGUACGUGAAUCUGAUAAAUUCCCGAAAACAUGUCCUACUCAAAUACAUUAUAACAUCGGCGGAUACCGUGCAAGCAUGGAGUUUCUCUCAAGUGCUGCCUUUCGAAUAGGAAUCAUUGCAGCCAUUUUGUCUGCAAAAUUACAUUCACAACCAGUUGGAGUCAUGAUUACUGCUUCUCAUAUUGCACCUGCGGAAAAUGUUUUGAAAGUCGUAAACGUUUUGAGCAGCUAUGAUACGCAAAAGUGGGAAGGGUAUUUAGACCAAGUUGUAAAUGCUGAUUCCGCAGACGAACUUACCGUCUGCCUUUCCUCUGUUUUUAAAAAAUCUCAAAUACCAGCAGAGAAAAAUGCCCAGGUAUUUGUAGCUUAUGAUACUAGGACAUCUUCAAAACACUUAGUCGAACCUGUGAUGGCUGCUGCUAAAGUAUUGCAAGCACGGUGCGUAGAUUAUCAUACUCUCAGCACUCCACAAUUGCAUUAUAUUGUGAAAUCUACUCCCCUUUACAAUACCGCCGACAGCAUUGGUGCACCUACCGAGGAAGGCUAUUUCCAUAGGCUUUCUGAAGCCUUCCAUUCCUUGAUGGCCUCUAGACAAGUACGUCCAUCAAUCGUCGUUGAUGCUGCAAAUGGAGUCGGUGCAGUCACACUGAAAAAGCUCAUGAAAGAGGUUAAUCAGAACUUCCUACAAGUAGACAUUGUAAACGAUCAUAUCAAUUGUACCCAGGAAUUAAAUACCACGUGCGGAAUUGAUUAUGUCCUUAAUCAACAGAGACCUCCUCCUAACAUUUCCGUACAAAAAGACGUAAAAUACGUCUCGUUUGAUGCUGACGCCGAUCGACUUUUGUAUUAUUUUAGUGGCUCUCGUAGUUUUCAUAUCCUCGACGGAGAUAAAAUUGCCUCAUUAUUUGCACUUUACUUAUUAGACUUGAUCCGUGCUGCCGGUUUGCAGUUGCAGCUUGGACUUGUGCAAACGGCAUACGCAAAUGGAGCCAGUACGUCGUACAUUCAGAAAACAUUGAAAAUUCCAGUAACAUGCGUUUCUCCUGGCCUAAAAAAUUUGCAAUGGGCCGCACAAGCUUAUGAUAUCGGUAUAUAUUUCGAAGCCAACGGUCACGGAUCAAUUUUGUUCUCUCCUUCUGCUUUGUCAGUUAUUAAUACCCACGAAGUCUUAUCUCCCGCUCAGUUUAAUGCUAUAAAAGCCCUUAAGUCUGUAAUUCAGCUUGUAAACCCUGCUUGCGGUGACGCCCUAGCAAAUAUGUUACUGGUUGAAGUUAUCCUGGCAUACAAGAAUUUCUUUUUAAGAGAGUGGAAUCAUAUUUUUGCUGAAACCCCUAGUCGCUUAAUUAAAUGCGAAGUUCCUGAUCGUUCCAUAUACACAACUGCGGAUGCAGAACGCAAGUUGAUAACGCCUGAAGGAUUACAGCAAAAAAUAGACGCGUUGGUUGCAAAAUAUACAAACGGAAGAGCUUUUGUAAGGCCUUCAGACACAGAAAAUGCUAUACGUGUGUAUGCUGAAGCUAGCACCAGAAGUGAAUCAGAGGAUUUAGCUCUCCGGAUUGUUGAGCUUCUUCAAUAG